AUGACAAUCCUUUUCUUAUGCUUUUUAUGCCUGCUAAACACUGUGAAAGCUUCAACAUAUUCUUGCGACAACAACAGACCCUUAGAAAUGCUGUAUAGACCAUCCUCAGAGAACUACUCAUACAUUGCAAGUUCUAAAGAGAGCAACAAAAGCUGUGAAAUACCCAAAAUAUUUAAACCUUUUUUUAAAGACAUUAGCAUGUACAAUGUCGAUGAAAUUGAUGGCAAAAACAUAGACAAUGACUGCUGUUGCCCAACCAAAAGGCAGUUUUUAAGUAUAGACCACGAUGAUCCAUAUUUGAUUAAUACAAGUAACCAAAGAAAAAAGCUGGCUUUUGGAGAAUGCAAAAACAUCAUACAUAUCAUUCGGAUUGGCUACUGCAGUAAACAGUCAGACAGUUGUGGCCAGUGCAAAAAUGUCAAACAAAUAUACAACCUUUUGAUUGAAGAAAAUGGAGAACUUGUCUUUGAUAAAUUUAAACUGCCGUCAUACUGCAUUUGUAAUCAUUAA